AAGUCAGUGCCAACACAAACACAACAACACUUGCAAUUGCAUACUCAGUUACUUCUGUUCUUCUCAGUUUCGCAUACUCACAAACUAAACUAACUAAACUCCCCUAAUGUUGGAAGGAGGAGAACCCGCUGCCACGUGGGCGCCGCGCACGUGCGACACGUGCCGCGCAGCCGCCUCCACCGUCUUCUGCCGCGCCCACUCCUUCUUCCUCUGCGCCGCAUGCGACGCGCGCCUCCACGCCUCGCCGUCGUGGCACGAGCGCGUGUGGGUGUGCGAGGCGUGCGAGCGAGCUCCGGCGGCGUUCCUCUGCAAGGCCGACGCCGCCUCCCUGUGCUCCUCCUGCGACGCCGACAUCCACUCCGCCAACCCCCUCGCCGGCCGCCACCACCGCGUCCCCAUUCUCCCCAUCUCCUCCUCCUCCUCCGCCGCCGCCGCCCCCCACCACCACGACGACGACGACGAUGCUGACGCCGACGCCGACGACGACGACGAAACAGCUUCCUGGCUCUUGCUGAACCCUCUGAAGAGCGCCACUGUCCCUAACAACAACGACAGUAACAAUAAUAAUGGGUUCUUGUACGGUGGUGAAGUUGAUGAGUAUUUGGACCUUGUUGAUAAUUGUAACUCUUGUGGUGACAAUAGUAACCACUUCACUGCUGCUACUACCACCACCGAUGAUUAUGCUCAGCAUCAACAUUUUGAUGGUGUUUCUCAUCACAAGAGUUAUGCUGGGGAUAGUGUCGUUCCGGUUCAGCAGCAUCAUCAUUUUCAGCUUAGUUUGGAGUUUGACAACAACAACAACAACAAAGCUUCCUUCGGCUUCAAUGCUUCUGUUAGUCAAAGUGUUUCAGUUUCAUCAAUGGAUGUUGGUGUUGUACCUGAAUCAACAAUGAUGGAUGUCUCAAUUGGCCAUUCAAGACCACCCAAAGGCACAAUUGACCUAUUUUCUGGACCUUCAAUUCAGAUGCCUUCCCACCUUACUCCAAUGGACAGGGAAGCCAGAGUCCUAAGGUAUAGGGAGAAAAAGAAGACAAGAAAAUUUGAGAAGACUAUAAGGUAUGCCUCAAGGAAGGCUUAUGCAGAGACUAGACCCCGUAUAAAAGGUCGAUUCGCCAAGAGAACUGAUGUAGAAGCUGAAGUGGAUCAGAUGUUCUCCACAACACUAAUUACAGAAGUUGGAUAUGGCAUUGUUCCCUCUUUCUGAAUAUGCUGUGUUGAACAAAUGGCCAGAAGGCAGAGAAGAAGAUAGAGGAUCAUGAUCAAUAGAAAUGGCUACAACCACUUAUGUACUAAGUUAUUCUGCUGAUAUUGUAUUUUUUAUGUAAUCUAAUUACUCGCAGUUGCACUAAUCGGAUGCUUUAUUAUUUUGUUUAUUAUCUUUUGAGUGAAACUUCUAUUUGUAAAUACAGUCCUUGUAUUAAAUUAUGAAAUUAUAGUCAA